AACUUUUUCAGGAAGUUUUUGUUUAUUUUUCUGAAGCACUUACAAGAUCUAAUAAAAAUGGCUCAGAAUUUACCAGGAACUUUAAAAAAUUUUAACCCAUACACAGAGUUUAAAGAAUUCACAAUUGCACAAAUUAAAGACUUUAGAAACGCGUUUGACUUGUAUGACACUUCACGAGAUGGAGUGAUCAACCUCAUGGAGUUGAAGGUGAUGAUGGAAAAAUUGGAGGCACCUCAGACUCAUUUGGCUCUCACUGCAAUGAUCAAAGAGGUUGAUGAAGACAUGGACACAGUUAUUAACUUUCGUGAAUUUCUUCUUAUAUUCCGAAAAGCAGCUUGUGGUGAGCUUCAGGUUGAUGGAUUAAAAGUGUUGGCAGAAAAAGUUGGCUCAUUAUAAAGUAUAAGUUUUAUAUUCUAUUGUGUAUUGUUGUAGAAAGCUAAACUAACAAAUUAAACAAUGUGUGUACCCUUGAACGCAUAGCAUGUUAUUGUCAUGUAAAACAUAGUAGUACCAUGGUUGUCUUAUUUACAGAUACCUCAAAUAUUUAACCAGUGUAGCAAGUUGCAUGUGUUUAUGUAUAAAAGCCAUUCAUAGCAAACCUUUUUAGGGUAAUCUAUUUGUAUUUACCAGAAUGCAACUUAUCCUAGAUUGAAUGUUUUUGAUAAAUAACAUUGCUGCAUCUUUUGUAUAUCUUUCUUUUUACGAAUUUAUUCUUUUACCUAAAUCUAUGUUUAUUACAUUAAUGCACUUAUAGAAUUUACAAGUGUGCCCCUGAAACUGUUUGCUGUAAAUUACUGAUGGAAUUUCUUUUUGGGGGUUUUGUUUUUCCAUCAUGACCCAAUUUUCCAGUCAAUCUUAUUUAAAGCCGACUCCCCCCAUUGUACGGGUCGUGUUUUUACGCACACUUUUGUUUCUAUUAAAAUUUAAAUUUCUAAUUCUUCAAUAAAAUUUCGAAAUAUUGCUAAAUCUUCGCUAUCGUAUAAUCAAAGAGACAAAUAAAAGUUAUUUAAUUAUUUCA